UGAAUGCUCUAGUGAUCACUGAUCACUUCCCAUGUGGCAUCAAUCAAAGCCACGCAAAUUCUCGUAGCGUUGUCAGUAAUAAUAAACAUGGCAGAGGACAAUUCUACUGAAGCAGGAGACGAAGCUGUAGUUGAAGACCAAAAUAAUGACGAUCUUUCCGAUAGUGAGAGAAGAUAUCUCGAGGAAAAGGCAGACAUAGUACGUGGGUUUCUUCAGGAGCGUGAAAUUCUUGAGCGAGCUCACGAAGAGGAGAUCGAAGAGCUACGAUUUUCAUUCGAAGGAGAAAAAGAGAACAUGCUUCAGGUAUUUGAGAUUGAACGACAAGAGAUGCGACGGAAUUUCGACARAGAAAAGGAAAAGAUACGUGUUGAAUUUCAAGAGGAGAAGCAUGUCUUGAAGAUGUCGUUCGAAGACGAUAAGCUAAACAUUGUAAGCCUCUUAGAAAAGGAGAUUGAUCAGCUAAAAAGAGGGUUUGAAAAGGAAAGAAAAGAACUUCGUGACUCAUGUUCAAAGUCAUUGAGGGAACAGGAAAAGCAUUUUCGACUCGAAAAGGCGGAGAUCGAAGGGAAAGUGCGUAGAGAGAUCGAAAGAGUGCAGGAAGUCGAAGGCGAAAUCAAGAGUGCGUUACUUAAAGGUCUCGGCGACUUGGAAAAUGUUUACUUUGAUGAAGCUGCUCUCCUUGAAGAACUUUAUAAUAAUGAAAAACCAGAGGCUGAUAUGCACAUUAAAGGAUCUUCAGAAACCAAUUCACAAAUCGGUAGGAAACAAAUAUUUCAGUCUAUGGGAGAAGAAAAGAACAAGAUGUUUAUGUAUCACUCGACCAGGCAAAGCGAGCUGGAACACGAAUUUUCUGGCGAGAUUGUUGAACUUCAGGAACGUUUCAAAGAGCAGAAGAAGGAUCUGAUGAACAUAUUUAAAAGUGAGAAGCAGGACAUUGAAGAGAAAUACCGCAGAGAGAAGGAGGAUAUCAGAUAUAAAAUAGAAACUGACUUUCAACGAGUGUUGAAACAAGAGCGUUUGAAAUACGACUCCACUUUUCAAGCCUACGAGCACGAUAUCGCGAUGCUUAGAUAUCAAAAGGAGCAGUUGGAGAGGUGCUACGCUUUGGAAAUGGAAAAAUUACAACUUAAAUUUGAACGGGAUCGAUUAGAAAUGGAGAAAAAAUUACAGCGAGAGAAAAGAGAAUUCAAACGUCUGUUUAAAGAUCAUUAUUCACGCAAGGCCAGUAACGAAAGGUCAAGGCUAGAAUGGCUAUUACAACAGUUCGACUUCAGUGAUUCCCAGUUACUGCAGGGAAAUUCCAGGUCGUCUUCAUCUAAUGAACUAUUUCGUGGCUCAAAUUCAAGCUUCACGUCAGGCUCAGGCGAUCUGUAGAAUUGUACAUAAUAAUUACAAUAACAAUAACAAAGAUUAUAAGCUAUUUCACGGUUGACCUGAGCGUCACAGUUAUCGCUGUUGGCCAUACAUUUUUACCUUUUUUAGAAGUAAAUUGAAAAUAUUGUAUCACUUCAUCAAAGAGUUAAAAUAUCAUUACUGAUAGAACUGACAACGUAUUGUCGUUAUUCGUCGCCUAAAUCAAAAUAUUCGCCCGUCUGCUAAAACUGAGUGGGACUAUUCAACUAAAAUGACAAUUUUAAUUUGCCGAGGAAUCUAGGAAAACAUUCUAGAAAUCUCAUAAGGUUUUAUAUCAAUUUGAUAAAUAUUCCUUGGUUGAUGUUUGCGGUUGCAGUAAUUUCAGUCUGGCAGUUGAAGCGACAAUUACUAAAAAAGCAGGUCUUUUUUGUACACUAUGAAUAUAAAUGUUUUUUUCCACAAGAGGACUAAUAUGAUAGCUAGGAGAGAAUUGUCAAAAUACAGCAGGUUUUGCUACAUGUUAAUUGCAAAACAGUUUAUUAAAUAUAGAUAUAUACAUUGUAAUGGUCUAGAAGAACAUUGCUGUCAAAAUAUAGUAGGAAGAUUCGGAUAAACGUUUUCUUUUUAUCGAAUAAAAUAUAUUCCUUUGACAUUUUUGAUAGAAAUACGAAAAAUAUAUCGUGAAGAUAUUCAAUAGCAUAGAUUUACCGACAGCAUGAAAAUGAAGCGACAAGACUAAUGACUAAAGUAAAAAUACAUAUUUAGUUUUGAAUA